AUGCAGCAAAACACUGGCAUAAGACCGCCUCCUCAACGGAGAAACCCACCUCGAUACAACCCUCAACACCCCUACCUUCAGAAAACAAGCAGUGGAAAAGGCUGUUGCCUCAAAUGUUUAUGCUGUUGUUGCUGCACCCUCUUCAUUUUAAUCUUCAUUCUCGUCAUUGCAGCCUACAUUGUUUAUGCCACCUAUAAACCUGAGGUUCCCAAAUACAAAAUUGACAAAGUCCAGGUGAAUUCCUUCAACAUUCUUCCGGAUUUCAGCCUGGAUACUCAAAUAACCGCAUUUGUUAAAGCUGAUAAUCCUAAUGACCAUUUAGGCUUCAAAUAUGGCAAACAAAGCUCGGUGACAGUUAAAUACACAGGCGCAACUCUUUGUUCAGGCAAACUUCCUGCAUUUACUCAACCCAAAGAUAAUAAAACCACAAUCAAGAUUGCAUUGCGGGGGCAGACAGAGGUUGAUUCAAAGCUUCAAAAAUCUCUACAGGAAGAUAAGAAAGCAGGGAAAAUCCCCUUGUUGAUUAUGAUAAAAGCACCUGUCACGGUUGUGCUUGAAACGGUUCCAUUGAGAGAAAUUGUAGCUAAAAUUAACUGCUCUGUGAUUGUUGAUAGCUUGGCGGCUGACAAGCCAAGAACCCACAGCCAGUUUUGGUUCAAACCCUGA